AUGAUCUCUCCGAAACCUUUGGAGGAUGUUCAGGAGGCGAUCAAACAGUUAAUUGUUACAGAAUUCAUCCCGGGAACAAACACUAUUCAGAAAGACAGUGAGAACGCAGAAGAGGAGGCAUAUUUAAAGAAUGAACCUACUGCUGACGAUUCCUAUGACGAUAUAGAAGCUGGCGGUGACGAAGAUGAAACUGGUGAAAGGAAAGCUUAUUAUAUAGAAGUGGAGGACGAAGAGAAUGACGAUGCAACUGUCGAUAAGCCAAUCGACGAGGAACCAUUUAACUUUCUUAAAUACCCAGAACACGAACCCGACCAUAAGCCACAUCCCCACUUCGCCAUACUUAAAAAUGGAUUCGUUAAUUAUGUGAACCUUGACUUUUAA